CAGGCAGGAGGUGAUUCCAAAGGAAUUUGGAAAUUCCUUCACAGCACAUCACCUGCACUGCAGCUGCAGGCACUGCAUCAAGGGCAGCUCACACACCUUCACCACUGCAGGGGUAUUUCCAAGGCACAAGGACAGCAGCUGUGGAAGGUGCAAGAGGCCAUUCCUGCCUUGGAUAGACUCAGUCCAGUGGCUUUUCUAGGAUUCACAUGGAUCAACACACCAGAAACUCAUUCCCAUGUGGCUUUAGGUACCAGGGAUGGCUCGUCUGGCUUCAUUUCAGUACUCCUGGGAUACAGCACAGCCUUUCUCACGUCAGCCAGAAUAAUAAUUCAUUGUCAGAAGCAGCAGCACAGCAGGUACUGCAGGUCUCUCCUGCCCCCGUGGCUGUGGACAUGGUGGUCCUGCGGGCUGGGCUCUGCCCUGGUCUCACCGAAGAGAUGAUCCAGCUGCUCAGGGCGAAUGGCAUCAGGACAGUGGUGGACUUUGUGUCGUCGGACCUGGAGGAUGUUGCCCAGAAGUGUUCCCUGUCUUACAAGGCGCUGGUUGCAGUGAGACGUGUGCUCCUGGCCCAGUUCUCUGCCUUCCCUGCCAACGGAGCAGACCUGUACGAGGAGCUCAAGAGCUCCACGGCCAUCCUGCCCACUGGGAACCCAAGCCUGGACCAGCUGCUGGACUCUGGGCUGUACACGGGGGAAGUGACGGAGCUCAUGGGAGCACCGGGCAGUGGGAAGACGCAGGUGUGUCUGGGCAUUGCAGCCAGUGUGUCUCUCAGCCUCAAGCAGCACGUCCUGUUUCUCGACUCCACGGGGGGUUUCAUUGCCUCCCGUCUCUACCAGAUGCUGCAAGCACAGACAGAGGAUGAGGAAGAGCAGCUGGAGGCUCUGCAGCGGAUCCAGGUGGCCCGUGUGUUCGAUGUCUAUGAAAUGCUGAGUGCCUUGCAGGAGCUGCGGGAUCGCCUCUCCCAGCAGGUCAUGAGCUCCACGGGGCCUCUCAAGAUCGUGGUGAUCGACUCGGUGUCGGCUGUGAUUUACCCACUGCUGGGUGGCAGGCAGUCAGAGGGUCUGGCCAUCAUGAUGCAGCUGUCCAGGGAGCUGAAGACACUGGCCAGGGAGUUCAGCCUUGCUGUUGUGGUGACCAACCAGGUGACAAGGGACAGCAGCACUGGCCCACUGAAGCCAGCCCUUGGCCGCUCCUGGAGCUUCGUGCCCAGCACUCGGGUGCUGCUGGAGAGCAAAGAAGCCUCCUGGGACAAAGGCACGACACGGCGUGUGGCUGCCCUGGCAAAGUCACCCCGCCAGCCAACAGGGUUACAGGUGGAGCUGGACAUUGGGAAUGGUGAUAUGCCAGAGCCGAGCCCUGUGACACCCACACAGGGGCUCUGAUGUGAUGGAAAAGCAAACGUCAAGGUCCAAGAGAGCUGCACAAAAGCAGGCAAGCACACUGAAGGUUUUACAGACCCACUCUGAGGGUCCUGCAGCCCUGGACCAACAUGAAGAACCUCUUGUUCUUCAGCCUGGGGGGAGAAACUGAGCGUGGGGUUCCCCAGAGAUCUCCGUGCUCAGCAGGCGCUGCCUGCAGUGGCUGGGCCGUGUGGGCAGCACAACAGCCAGCUCCUGUCCUCUGCUGCAGGCUUGUCUUCACCCUGCAGAGCCAGCCCUGUCCUCAGGUGUUGGCUGGGGACCAGCUGGCUUGUCCCUGCACAAACCCAUGACUCCCUGUGGUGGUUUUGUUCCCCCCAUGACUCGCUGCCCUCUGGACCUGGAGCUCUGAUCGUCCUUGGGCAGCUCACAGUGGUCUUGGUUCAGAAAUAAAAGGAAAAAGCUGUUGCACACUGUG